AUGAACGUUGAGGAUGAUGGAAUAGCUGUGGACCCGCCUACGUUGGAGGACGUGGAAAAAGCCGUAAAGGAGCUCAAGAACGCGAAAUCCGCGGGAAAGGACGGACUUCCGGCCGAACUUUUCAAGCACGGGAGCGCGCGGAUGAUCGAGAUUCUGCACCAAAUCGUCCAGCGAAUUUGGUGCGAAGAACAGCUUCCGACCGACUGGUUAGACGGGCUCAUCACCCCAAUCUACAAGAAAGGGCAAAGACUCGAUUGUGCCAACUAUCGAGGCAUCACAAUCCUCAACUCAGCGUACAAAGUACUAUCCCGAAUCCUGUGGAGCAAGCUGAGACCCUUGACCGAGACCUUUGUCGGCGAAUACCAGUGCGGUUUUCGAGCGGGUCGGUCAACGAUGGAUCAGAUGUUCACUCUGCGACAAAUCCUCGACAAGUUCCGGGAGCACAACCUGCAAACACACCAUUUGUUCAUCGACUUCAAGGCGGCGUACGAUUCAGUCAAAAGAAACGAACUUUGGAAAAUUAUGCUAGAACACGGCUUUCCGGCGAAGCUAAUUAGACUGAUUCGUGCAACGCUCGACGGAGCAAAAUCAAGCGUGCGAAUAGCCAACGAGACAUCUGAAGCUUUCGUUACGUUGGAUGGAUUGAAGCAGGGCGAUGCUCUCUCAAACUUACUGUUCAUCAUAGCGUUGGAGGGUGCUGCUCGAAGGGCAGGCGUGCAAAGAAACGGAACACUCAUCACUAAAUCGUACAUGCUGCUUGGAUACGCUGACGACAUCGACAUCAUUGGUAUCGACCGUCGGUCAGUGGAGGAGGCGUUCGUCCCUUUCAAGCGGGAAGCUGCGAAGAUCGGACUGACCAUCAACACUGCCAAGACCAAGUAUCUGGUUGCUGGCAGAGCGCGUGGCAGUGCAGGUGAUGGUGUUUCGGAGGUGGAAAUAGAUGGAGAAAGAUAUGAGGUGGUGGAUGAAUUUGUAUAUCUUGGUACACUUGUGACGUGCGACAACGAUGUGAGCUGCGAAGUGAAACGGCGGAUUAGUGCUGCAAACAGGGCCUUCUACGGUCUUCGUAGCCAGCUAAGGUCCCGCAGCCUAAGGACGCCUACGAAAAUCACGCUGUACAGGACCUUGAUACUCCCUGUAGCACUUUACGGUCACGAGUCGUGGACGCUAAAGGAGGCUGACCAGAGAGCACUUGGGGUCUUCGAGCGGAGAAUCCUGCGUACUAUCUUCGGCGGCAAGCAAGUAGGAGACCGGUGGCGCAGGCGCAUGAACUUCGAGCUGUACCAAGACUACAAACAUGCUGAUAUCGUAAAAGUCAUCAAGCACGACAGGCUGAAGUGGGCUGGACAUGUAGCCAGAAUGUCGGACGAGCGGGCGGCUAAAACGAUAUUCAGCAGCGAACCCGGACGGGGUCGUCGGCUUCGUGGAAGGCCUCGUACGCGUUGGCUGUGUGCAGUCGACGAAGAUGCAAGAGCGGCCAACAUUGUGGGCGACUGGAGACGAGCGGCCCAAGAUCGAGCAUCCUGGAAAUCUUCGAUUAGUUCAGCGUUGGGUCGAUAG